UUAAAGAGAAAUAUGGAGAUCUGGACUUUGACGAAGAGGAAGAUUCAUCCUCUGAAGAGGAAGAUGAAUAUGAUGAAGAAAUACAAAAGGCGCGUCAAAAUUGGUUAGAUAAGCAACAAAAGAAAAAAACAGAAAAAAAGCCAAUACAUUUAAAAGACUAUCAUCGUCAAAUUUUGUUGGAAUCUGAUGAUAUGAUUGAAGAUAAUAUUAAGCCAGAGAUUGAUUUAACACCCAUGGAAGAAGAGCAAAAGCUCAAAGAAGAAUUUAAAGAAGCCGCUUCUAAAUUUGAUUUUAAUAUUGAUGGUGACGAUGAUUUUUUGGUUCAACGAUCAAAAACUGCUGAAGAAUUAAAAACUGAAGAAGAAGAUUACCAAGCAUUCUUAUUAGAAAGUAUGGCUGGAAAUAGUAAAGACUCAGAAUUUAUUAAAGAAUGGCAAAAUUAUAAAAUCGAUCCCAGUGUUGACAAAGAUGAAGCCUUUUUAAUAGAUUAUAUACUUAACCGUGGUUGGAUCGAUAAGAAUGCUACUCGGAUUCCGACGUAUGAAGAACUAAUUUUGGAACAUCAUGACAAAGAGAAUGAUGAAUUUGAAGAAGCAGCUGAUAAUUUCGAAAGCAAGUACAAUUUUCGAUUUGAAGAAGAAGGUGGAACGAAGGUCGCUUCAUAUUCCCGUGAUGUGGUCGAUUCUGUACGAAGAUCUGACAAUAAACGCAAAAUUCAACGCCAGAUACGCUCUGAGCGUAAGAAUGACGAAAAGAAACGUAAAAUGGAGGAACUUAAAAGGCUUAAAAACCUCAAAAAGAAAGAAAUCUUUGAAAAAUUGCAAAAAAUAAAAGAAAUAACGGGAAACGAAACCGUUGGAUUUGAUGAGAUCGACUUGGAAGAAGGCUUUGAUCCUGAAAAAUAUGACGAAAAAAUGAAAAAUAUCUUUGAUAGUAAUUACUAUGCUCAAGAGGUAGAUGUUGAUAAACCAGAAUGGGAAGAGGAUAUUGAAGAUAUUAUUGAUAAAUACAAGGAUUCUAAUCCUGAAAGAAUAAAAGAGGACGAUUCUGAAGACAAUGUUGAUUACGAUAAUGAUUUUAUAAUGGAUGCGGAUUAUUUACCUGGAGGUGAAAAAUACGAUGAGACAAUGGCUAAAAAAA